UAAUCUCAGUUGUCAAUUGAACAGCAAUAGAACCAUGGCCACCACACUGCUCCUCCACCUCUCGCCGAAACCGCCACAGGCCUCCGCCCCAUCCUUCCCCUUCCCCUUCCCACUUAUAUCAUUCUCAAAACCCAGGUUUCUCCCUCUUCAUCCCAUCAAAAAAGCUUAUCCGAUAACCAAAAUGCUCUCAUCCAACAAAAGUGGAAAUGGCAGCUACAGCAACACUCCUCCCCUGCCCGAAACAGAGUGCCCUGUUCCACACGAACAACAGCCCAUAAACGAAUACCAAUCUCUCUCCACCUCGUUCCCUUUCUCUUGGGCCUCAGGCGACCUUGUCGAAUACUGCUCUCGCUUGUUCGUCACGGGUGCUUCUUUCGCGCUCUUUGUUGGUCUACCUGUAGCGUGGUUCGGUUCGGUGGGGCCCAAAUCCGAGCCGAUGAGGCUGGUUCUUGCAGCUGUCUCGAGUGGGAUUCUUGUGGUUACUGUUGCUGUUUUGAGGAUGUAUUUGGGUUGGGCUUAUGUUGGGAAUCGCUUACUCAGUGCCACUGUUGAAUAUGAAGAAACGGGGUGGUACGAUGGACAGAUAUGGGUCAAGACUGCUGAAGUUUUGGCACGUGACAGGCUUCUUGGUUCAUUUUCAGUCAAGCCUGUGCUGAGCAGAUUAAAGUACACUCUAGUAACCCUUGCAGUAUUCUUGCUCGUAUGCAUUCUUCCCCUCAUAAAUGUUGAUGGAGGCCGAGAGGGUUCCUACAUGAUGACUAAAGAAGCUGGGGCUAGAGCUAUACCAGGAGUUUAUGAUGACGAUUCUGCAAGAGCAUUUGAGCCAGAUGCAUUCUGUGGUGAACCUGGUCUUCCCUAGUCCCGUCCUUGAGCAGCUGUUAAUACUUUGUACAGUUCAUUUAUUUGUAUAUAUAUUCAGGGGCAUAUUCUGUCUCCUUGCAGUCCAUUGUGUAUAGUUUUAUUUAUUGCUAUACUUCAGCUAUAAAAACGGUAGCUUGUAUUGUUAGUACUUGGAAAUUUCGAAACAAUUAUGUUAGAAAAGGAAGACUAGAAUUCAAGGCUGCUAACAGUGUGAGGACAGUUUUGAGGCCAGGAUUUUUGUUUUGGUCACGAGUUGAUUGCAUGUUAAUACAACCUUGAGCUA